UCUGUGAUUGGUCGGUUGGUCGCAGUUUAAAUGAGAUCGCGGUAUUGUUUGCAACAGCCGAACUGAAGGUUAACUGCAUCUAUCUGCGCUUCUUAUGUUAAAUUCAGAGAUUUAUGGCAGGAAACCUCCAUUGUUCCCUCAGCAUCGAUUGUAUGUCAGCGGUUUCCAGGCUGUGAUUGUUGGCAGAGAUGAUGGAGUCAUGUUUUCCUGGGAUCCCAACGAGAACAGGACCGGUGGAGGUGGCGGACCUCAGGAGGAACCUGCUGGGUGAACUGGAUGCUGCAGCGGCGCAGGUGCAGUCACAGACGGAGAACCUGCAGGUGUACCUCAGGGUUCGGCCUUUCACUGCAGAUGAGAGCGACAGCGGCGAGUCACAGGACUGCGUGUCGAUGGAAGGCUCCAACACGGUGGUCCUGAAGGCGCCCCGGUCGUGUCAGCCCAGCAGGCAGGGGGACCGGUCUCUGCCACAGACGGCUCAGAGGUUCACCUUCACACAGGUGUUCGGACCUGAGGCCAGUCAGAGGACGGUGUUCGAAGGUUCGGUUCGUGGUUUGGUCCAGGACGUCCUGCAGGGAGGAAACUGCUUGGUGUUCACUUACGGAGUUACCAACGCAGGGAAGACCUUCACCUUCCUCGGGCCGGAGCAUGACUCCGGCUUGCUGCCGCGGUCUCUGGCGGUCAUCUUCAACAGCAUGGAGGGCCGUCUGUACGGCCGCAGCGAUCUGAAGCCUCAGCGCUGCAGGGACUUCAGCAGACUGACUCAUGAUCAGGAGGCGGCGGAGAUCAGCAGCAAGAGGAACCUGCUGAGGCAGCUGAAGGAGAGCGACAAAAGUCUGACGGCAGGAAAAUCCCUUCCACUCGAAGGCUCGUCCAUCAGCAGCGACGGAAGCCUGAACGGCGUUCCUGAGGGAGACUCCUUCUGUCUGGACGUUCCUUCAAACGUUCGCUUCUCCGUUUGGGUCUCGUUCUGCGAGAUCUACAACGAGAACAUCUACGACCUGCUGGAACAGGUUCCCGGCGGGCAGCAAAAGAAGACGGUGCUGCGUCUGUCUCAGGACGUCAAAGGGAACUCCUUCAUCAAAGACCUGCGCUGGAUCCAGGUGGACAGCUCGGAGGAGGCCUACAAAGUGAUGAAGAUCGGGAGGAGGAACCAGAGCCUGUCUGCCACCAGACUGAACCAGAUGUCCAGCAGGAGCCACAGCAUCUUCUCCAUCAGGAUCCUCCGGAUCCACGACGUCGGAGUUACCAGAGUCCUUGGAAUCAGCGAGCUGGCUCUGUGCGACCUGGCCGGCUCCGAGCGCUGCUCCAGAACCCACAACACCGGAGAGAGGCUGAAGGAGGCGGGGAACAUCAACGGCUCCCUGCUGACGCUCGGGAAGUGCAUCAGCGCCAUGAGGCUCAACCAGAACGCCAAGUUCCAGCAUCAUGUUCCCUUCAGGGAGUCCAAGCUCACCCACUUCCUGCAGUUCUUCUUCUGUGGUUCUGGUCGCGUGUCCAUGGUGGUCAACAUCAACCAGAACUCCUCCUGUUUCGACGAGACGCUCAACGUCCUCAAGUUCUCCGCCCUCGCUCAGAAGGUGGUGGUGGUGAACUCCCGGCCCGUCGUCCUUGACGACAGCACCUCCCAUAAGUCGGCCAUGGAGCUUUCCCUCAUCAUCGACGAGGCCGACCAGCGCAGAAACCUGCUGAGCCACGGCAGGAGGAGCUCGCUGGUCGCCUGGGAGACCAGCCUGGAGGACGUGUUGGAGGCCGAGGACAGCGAGGAGUGGGACGAAGAGGAAGAGGAGCAGAGCGCGAUGGAGGGGACGGUUCUGGAGGCUGGAGCUGUGGAGGAGGAAGGAGACCGGACCGUGGAGGAGGAGGUGGACAGAGAGGCGGCACUACGUUUGGUUCUGGAGGCUCAGAUCAGAGAAGAAGUCAGCACCGAGUUCAUGGAGCUGUUCAACAAGAUGGAGAAGGACUACAGCGAGCGUCUGGAGAAGGAGAGGGAGAUCCUGGAGGAGCGCGCCGAGAGGAGGGUGGAGAUCCUGAAGAACCUCGUCAGCAGGACGAUGGAGCCGCCAGCGGCCGAGAACCACGACGGAAAGGAGGAAGAUGCUUUGGAGGGGAUCCUCAGCUCCAUUACUGAAGACCUGAAGAAGAUCAGAGAUGAUGCUCAGAGCGUCCAGCACUUUCUGACCGAACCCAGACUCUCCUCAGAGAUGGAGAAGUUGCAGUCAAACAAGCAGCUGCAGGAAGAUGUGAAGAGUCUGGAGCAGCAGAGGAUAUCUGAGCUGUCAGAGAUCUGUAAGGAGAAAGAUGGAGCCAUCAGGCAACUUCAGGGAGCCUUGAGAAACGCAACAGGAGACAGACCGACCUGCAGCUGCUGGAAGACGACAGGAGGGGACGGCGGCGAGGAGCAGAAGGAGAGCAGUAAGCGUCAACGAGAUGUUUCAGAGGAGCAGGGAGGAGGAGCAGCAAAGAAAAGAGCUGCUCUGGAACUGGAGAUCAGGAGGCUGCAGGAGGAAAAUGACAAAAAAGAGGAGAUCAUCAGGGAGCUAAGAGAGAGGGAGCAGCUGAGGAGGCGGCAAGAGGAGGAGCUGGAGAGGCGCGGGGAGGAGGUGGAGGAACUAAAGAAGAAAAAUCUGGUAUUGGAGAAGAAGGUUAAAGAGCUGACAGAUGUGGAACAGUGUCUGAACUGUGACUCCGUGCUUUCGUCUUUGGAGGGGGAGCAGAAGGAGACGGCCAGGCUGCAGAAGGAGAACAAAGCUCUGGUGAACGGCAUCUUCCAGCUGCAGGCUGAGGUGACCGCUCUGCAGGUGCAACUUAAACAGCAGACUGACGCGUCUACCAGCCUAUCAGAGGAGCUGGACGCAGCUAAGUCCCGCCUCCACAGCCUGGAGAACCAAUUGGAGGAGCGGAACAGCUCCAUCAGGAGUCUGGCGGAGGAAGUGGAGCGUCUGAGGCCAGAUCAAGAGAAGCAGAAAAGCAGCAUCGGCGUUCUCCAGGCCACCAUAGCUGAGCUGAGGCAGGAGCGCGAAGCGGCGCAGCAGAGCUCCGCUCAGAUAGAGGAGCUUCAGAGGGAGAAGAAGCAUCUGGAGGAGCAGCUGGCCCACAGUAACGGCAGCUGUGCAGAACUCAGCCAGGAGCUGCAGAACCUGAGAGCAGAGCUAGAAUCCGAGAACCGGGCCCUGCUGCAGAGGCUGGAGGCUGUGAGGAGAGAGGAGGAGGAGAGGAGGCGGCAGCUGGAGGAGGAGGUGGCAGGCCUGCAGCGAGUCACGGCGGAGAAGGAGCAGCUCCUGGAGGACAGCCGGCAGCACACAGAGACUCUGAGACAAGAGCUUCAGUGUCUAAAGGAGAAGAUGCACAGGAGAGGGGAGGAGGAGGACAAGGAGAAUCAGAGAGGAGGAAGGCUACAGGGGAAGAGGAAGGAGGAGGACCUUCAUCCUCUUGGAGAGUCUCAGGACGUCUGUGCUUCUCCUCUGAGGUCGAACUCGGCUGUGAGGAAGAAGCUCUCUAGGACGGUGGGCAGGAAGAGGAAGAACGGCGAGGUGGAGGGUUUGUUUCUGAGCGAGAGCAAGAGGAACCGAAGCAGAGCGUGCAGCGACAACCUGGAGGACGGCGUGCUGCAGACCAUCCAGGAGCUGAUCCAGAACCCUCAGUCUGUCUUCAGCAGCAAAGCUGAUCCUGCCCCCCCUAAGGAGGCCUCCGCAAACCGACCCCGGCGAGGACGAAAAAAACUGUUCAAGCUGGACGCCUCGUCUCCUCUGCUGGAGUCUCCGCAGACGAUGUUGGGCAACGAGAAGGAGGAGAAAGAAAGCGACCACCUGAUCAUCAAAAGGCAGCUGCGCUCCAACAGCAGCAGGAAGUGACCGCCGGCUUUCAGAGCCUUGGACUUCAAAUGUGUCAUUGGGUUUAUGAUGGAGGAUGUAAGAAGAUAAAGGGUUUAAGUUCUUUGUUUUUUAUGUUUGUGACUUAAUCAAAAGCUCCAUUAUAGGAGACUUUUUUUUUUUUUACUGAAAACGGCUGCAUCAAAUGCAAGAGGUGAUUCAGAGUAAAGGAGAAACGGCAGGAGGAAGAACCGUUAUCAGAGGGAUGUUCUGAUUUUAGUCACCUGAAGAUCCACUUUAUAUCCAUAGGAACCUCUGCCUGCUCUUUAUCAUGGUUCUGAUGGGGGCUCUAAUGUUCCCCGCAAAUACAGACGAUACAAAUAAAGGUUGAUUGAGGGGUUCAGAAUGAAAAUAAACAAAUUUCUACUCAAACAUCA